AUGUCAUAUUCAGUUCUUGUAAAUGGUAAGCCUGGACAGAAAAUUUUCCCAAUAAGGGGUUUAAGACAAGAUGACCCCCUGUCACCUUAUUUGUUCAUUCUAUGUGCGAAGGGGUUAAGUUCAAUGCUUAACAAUUCAGAUCGUGAGGGAGAUACAAGAGGGGUGGCAGUGGUGAGAGGAGGCAUAAGGGUAAACCACAUUUUAUUCGCAGAUGACUGUAUGUUGUUUGGAAGGGCCAGGCUGGAUGAAUGGUUGAAGAUUCAAAGAAUACUUAGUAGAUACGAAAAAGCUUCUGGUCAGUUCUUAAACAGGGACAAGACAUCAAUUUUCUUCAGCUCCAACACCAAAACCGAAGAUAAAAGGGAUGUCUUAGCUGCAAGGGGAGCUACAGUGAGGGGUAAUUUUGAAAGGUAUCUUGGUCUCCCUACAAUGAUAGGUAGGUCAAAGUACAAUACUUUUAAAUGUAUCAAGGAGAGUGUGGCAAAGAAUCAACAAUUGGAAGAAUGGGUAUUUGUCGAGUGCAGGAAAGGAAAUAUUAAUAAAGGCAGUGCUGCAGGCAAUUCCAACUUACACUAUGAGCAUCUUCAAGUUACCAAAGAGACUAUGUCAGGAGCUGAACAUAAUGUUUGCAAAGUUUUGGUGGGGAAAUAA